AGCGCGGGCCGGUCGCUGGAGCCGCCAGUGGGGCGCAGCGGGCUUGUCAUGUCGGUUUCCAGAGCGCCGGGCGCCGCCACACACCAGCGGCCCGGGGACCGGAGGAGGACGUUGCCCGAACUGCUAGCCGGAAGGGCCAGGAAGAUGAAGUUGGAUCCCGAGAGGGAACAGAAGUUGAGAGACUCAGCAGUGCGCCUCUUGAGACGCCAGCUAAACCUGAGCCACCUUUUGCUUGAGGUGGAAGGUCCGCCACAUAAAAAGUUGAGUCUCAGCCAGUUGAUUGAUCGUGACAGUCCUAAGGCCCACACGGGUCUUUCUAGUUCACUCAUAGGCUCUGCUCUGCGGGAUCAAGCCUCGCAGCUGGGGGUUCCAGUAGCAGUCCUGUCCAGCCAGGUGGUUGCCUCGAGCAUUGUGCAGAUCUGUGAGGCAGGCACUGAGCCCUCCCAUGGCGUGCUGUUGGACUUGGAGCAAAGAAAGAAACUGUCUUCCCUGUUAGAGAUCACUCAGUAUUUAUUAGCACACAGUAUGUUCUCCCGUCUCUCCUUCUGUCAAGAAAUGUGGAAAGUACAGAAUUCUUUGUUGCUUGAAGCUGUGUGGCAUCUUCAUAAACAAAACGUUGUGAGCCUCCCAGAGCUGCUGGAAAGCCACGCCGACAUGCAGGCUGUGGUGGCAUGGCUCUUCAGGAACCUGCAUGGUCUGUGUGAGCAGAGCGAGCAGAUGGACACGUCCUGUCCCCAGGCCGACAUCGCCAGGGCUGUGCUUUCCGAUUUUGUGCAACUGUUGGUCUUGAAGGGAUUUCAGACAAACUCGGGUCUGAGAGGAGAGGCGGAGCCUGAACGUACGCCCCAGGUCGCCGUGGCCGUGCUUCAGAGAAUGCUGGCUUCUGCACUCGAGGCCUUGGCCGCUGGCGUGCAGGAGGAGUCCUCGGCGCACAGGGCAGCGAGGUGCUGGUUUAGCGUGCUCAGUGGACACACCUGCAGUAUGAUUUCAACAGAUUCUCCAAAGAGCUUUUUCAGGCACACCCUUACUCAGAUCUUCACCCACAAGCCUGUGCUGAAAGUCUCUGACGCUAUUCAAAUGCAGAGAGAGUGGAGCUUUGCGAGGACCCACCCUCUGCUCACCAGCCUAUACCGCAGGCUCUUCGUGGUAGUGAGUCCAGAAGAGCUGGUUGGCCAUGUACAAGAAGUUCUGGAAACACACGAGGUGAACUGGCAGCACGUGCUGUCCUGUGUGUCUGCCCUGGUGAUCUGCUUCCCGGAAGCACGGCAGCUGGUUACCGACUGGGUGGCCCGUUGGCUGGCCCGUGCGUUCGAGAACUUCGACCUGGACAGCAUGGUCACCGUGUUCCUGCUUGUGCGUCAGGCCGCACUGGAGGGCCCUUCCUUGUUCCUGUCUUACGCAGACUGGUUCCAGGCCUCCUUCGGAAGCGCACGGGGCCUGCACGGCUGCAGCAAGAAGGCGCUGGUCUUCCUCUUCAAGUUCCUGUCUGACCUCGUGCCCUUCGAGGCCCCGCACUACUUGCAGGUGCACAUUCUCCACCCACCACUCGUCCCCAGCAAGUACCGCUUCCUCCUCACGGACUAUGUGUCACUGGCCAGGACACGGCUGGCUGACCUGAAGGUUUCUAUAGAAAACAUGGGGCUCUACGAGGAUUUGUCUUCCCCAGGGGACAUCGCGGAGCCCCACAGCCAGGCGUCCCAGGACGUCGAGAAGGCCAUCGCGGUGUUUGAACACACAGGGAGAAUUCCCGCUGCCGUCAUGGAAGCCAGCAUAUUCAGGAGGCCCUACUACGUGUCUCAUUUCCUCCCCGCCCUGCUCACACCUCGCAUGCUCCCGAGAGUCCCCGACGGCCGGGCAGCCUUCGUCGAGGCCCUGAAGAGAGCAGAUAAAAUUCCCCCAUCUCUGUACGCCACCUACCGCCAAGCCUGCUCUGCGGCUGAAGAGAAGCCAGCAGGUCCGGGAAUGAAGGCGGACCCCAGCUGUGCGGAAGGACCGCUGGGACCGCUCACGGCCGCCCUGCAGGAGCUCAGAGCUGCCAUGACGGACCCCGCCCAGUAUGACGCAAUAUCUGCCCGAGUCGCGGUGAUUUCCCAGAGACUCAGCUCUGCCUUGGGCCUCAGCGAGGACGACAGCAGCUCUGAGGUCGCAAAGGUCCAGCUCAGUGUCCUUGUGCCAAAACUGGAGCAGCGGGAACAGAAGGUCGUGGAUCUCCUGCUGACAUCUUUUUGUCAGAACCUAAUGGCAGCCUCCAGCUUUGCCCCACCAGACAGGCAGGGCUCCUGGGCCGCCCGCUUUGUGACGGCCACGUGUGGACACAGGCUGCUCCCCGCCGUGCUCACCAGGCUCUGCCAGCUGCUCCACCACCAGGGCCCGAGCCUCAGUGCCUCGCACGUGCUGGGGCUGGCCGCCCUGGCCGUCCACCUCAGCAAGGCCGGGCCUGCGUUCUCGGAUGUGCAUGUGAGCCCUCCUGCCCCUGCCAGGGGCUUGUCCAUCCCCGACUUCUUCAGCAGCCUCCUGACCUGCGGGACCAAGGAGUCCACCCUCUUUUGCCUUAGAUUUUGUACGGCGGCAAUUUCUUACUCUUUGUGUAAGUUUCCAUCUCAGUCACACGACACUUGGUACAGCUGUUUAUCGCCAGGCCUUAUAAAAAAGGAGCAGCCUCAUCUGCCUGCUCGGGCCGAACGCUGCCUUUCCUCUGUUCUCUGUGUUCAAAUGAGGGGUGUAAGACAACAACUACAGUUUCAGUUCACCGUGCUCAGAUUGUUCUCAGAAGCCCGAGACCCCCUCUCCUGGGGCGACGCAGCCAGCCCUCCCUGGAGGUCCUUGUACCCGCCCCCUGCAGACUGGCAGCAAGCUGCCCUCCGUCUCUGGAGACACAGAACCUUCCAGGAGCUGCUGAAGGAGAAAGGAUUUCAUUUAACUUACAGAGACUGGUUACAACUGGAACUAGAAAUUCGUCCUGACAUGGAUUCUCUUUCAGAUAUGGACAGGCGGCAUUUCCACCAUUGGGCCAUCCACGAGCGUUUCCUGCCCGAGCCAUCUGCUGCAGGCGGCUGCGACGGCGACCUCGAAACAGCAUGCACCGUGCUUGUCGACACGCUGCUGGACUUCUGCCACAGUUCACAGAGUCGCGAGCACUCGGAGGAUUCUGGUUUGGUUCUCGGGGGCUGCACGUGGAAUCGGGAUGUUCUCUCCAGGCUGCAGGAGAUGGUGGUCGACCUGGAGCAGGGCCCAGCGGCACCCCAUGGCCCUUCCCCCGCUGGGGGGCACUUCCUUUUCAGGAUCUUCCGCAGACGGCUCCAGGCUCUGGCAAGCGGGUGGGAUGUGGCCUCCCGUCUUCAGAGACAGCGGGAGCUACUCAUGUACAGACGGAUCCUGCUUGGCCUGCCCCCGUCUGUUCUUGUCAGUAGCCCCCGGGCAGAGCAGCCAGCUGCCCCCAACUGUGACGAGUUCUUCCACUUGGUCAACUCUGAGCUGAGAAACCUGUGUUUGCACGGAGGCACCCUGACCCACGCGGUCAUCGUCCACUUCUUCCGGGGACUGCUCAACGCCUGCUUACGAUGCAGAGACCCCUCCCUGGCGGCCAACCUGGCCCUGACCUUGUGCCAGACCGAGUGCCCCUUGGUUCUGACCUCCGCCCUGCUGUGGUGGCCACGCCUGGAACGCGAGCUCCGCUGUCGCUGGAGGUGCGUCCCGGGCCCCCUGCCCCGAGAGCUGCAGAGGCUGCACGAGGCCCAGCGGUUCGCCCAGAGCUUCCUCUCCCCUGACGCAGCAUCUCCAGCAUCCCCCGCACCACGCCCGGCCUGGGUCUCUGCUGCCGCGCUGUACUUCGCAAUUCAACGAGCCGGGGAAGCAAACCGGAUCGGCCUGGAGAAGCUGGUCUGCCAGGGGGAGGAGCUGUUGGUUUUCCUGUUCUUCUUUUCCUUGAUGGGCCUGGUGUCGUCACAUCUGACCCCACACGCUGUCGACUUCCUGAAGGCUGUGGGCGUGUGCGCCGAGAUCCUGGGGUGUCUGCAGGAGAGGAACGUACCCUGGUUGCAGCUCUUCCAGUUGACCAAGACAGAUGCCGGCCUGGGGCGCGUCCUCCUCCGCCUGGCCCCCGACCAGCACGUCAGGAUGCUGCCACUCGCCUUCUACAGCCUCCUCCCGUACUUUGACGGAGAUGCCCCCGUCCGGGAGGACACCUUCCUGUACGUUGCUGUGGACAUGUACCUGAAGCUGCUGGCCCUCUUUGUGGCCGGGGAGACAAGUGCAGCCUCCACUCUGGCCGCCAGGAGCCAGGAGCUCCAGGGCCAGGAUGACCCUGUGGGCCUAGUGACAAAAGCCCGUCUUUUCCUGCUGCAGUCAAUACCUCGGUGUCCGAGAAGGAGCUUUUCAAACAUGGCAGAGCUGUUGGCCACUCAUGGAGACUGUGACCCAGAACUGAAAGCUGCCCUCCUGAGCAGAUGGCAGGCCACGCCCGACACCGGACUCUCCCAGGAGCCCCGUCUCUUCUGAGUGGACCCUGCGCAGGGCACAACCAGCUCCUUUGUAAAUAAUUUAUUACGCGUACAACGUGCAGCUCUUGUUGCACUAAAGAAUGGAUUACAAAUGUCCUCGAUUGCUUUA